GAUCGCAAAGUGUCGGUUCCGAGAUUUUCAACGCGCAUGGAAGUGCGUGGCGACAACAUGGGAUUUCCCAAAAUCCAUGGACAACACUCUCUCUCUCUCUCAUAGUCUCACACACACACACACACACACACAAUAUAAUGGUUACACACAGUGAGUGAGUUGAGUAGUACACACACAUGUGGGUGAUUUAAGAUCUAUUUGAGGCAUUUGGCACGAAAUCACAUUCCCAUUGCUCUAAUUUAUUUUCUGAAAAUCUCAUAUGACCUUUGGAGGUUUACUCGGCACCCACCAAUUGCUUCUCAAAAUCUGUCCAUCAACUACACAUUACCUUUUCUUGGAGCUCACUGCUGCAAAUAAGCACACAUUUUUUGCAUCCUUAAACAGGGAUCUCUACGCCGCUCAAAUCAAUUGCUUCAGAAUUGGUGGUGAAUGAUGUUCAAGCAAUCGCCUCGCAGAAACCAGAGAAAUAAAGGGAUCAAAGUGAAGCAUGUUUUGCAGAUAAGUCUGCUGCUUGGAGUUGGCAUCUGGCUGCUUUACCAGGUGCAGCAAUCUCGCAGCAAGAAGCCGUCUCUAGACAGCACCGGUGUUUCAGGAAAGAUAGAAGAUGGAAGUGAUAGCAUCAAGCUAGGGAGGAAGGAUCUCCACCCAAGAGAGGAAGAACAAGCACAUUUUGAUGACGAAAACAAGCCCGAUGACCGCUGGCAGAGUGACAACGAAGCAGGAGAUAGUCGGAGUGAUGGCCUAGACAAUCGACUCAAGGGAGGUGAAGAGAAUGAGAAUGAGAAUGAGAAAGAAAAUGGGGAGAAUGAAGAUGUGAGUAGUAAUGAGGAGAAAAAUGAAGGGGAUAUCAAAGAGGUUACAAGUGAAGACAAAUUGGAGGAGAAUGUGAGUUUGGAGAACAAUAGUGAAGGUAAUGACAACGACACCACGGAGGAGAACAAAACUGAAGAAACUACAGGACAGAACGAGAGCACUGAGGAUACAACGGGGCCGAAUGAGAGCACUGAGAAUAAGAGUGAAGAAACUACGGGACAGAAUGAGAGCACCGAGAAUAAGAGUGAAGAAACUACGGGACAGAAUGAGAGUGAAGAGACUACGGGACAGAAUGAGAGCACCGAGAAUACGAGUGAAGAAACCACGGGACAGAAUGAGAGUGAAGAGACCACGGGACAGAAUGAGAGCACCGAGAAUAAGAGUGAAGAAACUACGGGACAGAAUGAGAGUGAAGAGACCACGGGACAGAAUGAGAGCACCGAGAAUAAGAGUGAAGAAACCACGGGACAGAAUGAGAGCACCGAGAAUAAGAGUGAGGAAACCACGGGACAGAAUGAGAGCACGGAGAAUAAGGGUGAAGAAACAACGGGGCAGAAUGAGAGCACCGAGAAUAAGGGUGAGGAAACAACGGGGCAGAAUGAGAGCACCGAGAAUAAGGGUGAGGAAACAACGGGGCAGAAUGAGAGCACCGAGAAUAAGAGUGAGGAAACGACGGGGCAGAAUGAGAGCACUGAGAAUAAGAGUGAGGAAACGACGGGGCAGAAUGAGAGCACUGAGAAUAAGAGUGAGGAAACGACGGGGCAGAAUGAGAGCACUGAGAAUAAGAGUGAGGAAACGACGGGGCAGAAUGAGAGCACUGAGAAUAAGACUGAGGAAACGACAGGGCAAAAGGAAAGCUCCGAGAAUAAGACUGAGGAAACUUCAGGGAAAAAUGAGAGCACCGAGAAUAAGAAUGAGGAAACUACAGGGAAAAAUGAGGGCACCGAGAAUAAGAGUGAGGAAACAACGGGGCAGAAUGAGAGCACGAAGAACAAGACUGAGGAAACGACAGGGCAGAAUGAGAGCACGGAGAACAAGACUGAGGAAACGACAGGGCAGAAUGAGAGCACCGAGAAUAAGGGUGAGGAAACAACGGGGCAGAAUGAAAGAACCGAGAAUAAGAGUGAGGAAACAGCAGGGAAGAGUGAGAGCACAGAGAGUAAGAGUGAAGAACCGAAAGGGCAGAAUGAGAGCACCGAGAGUAAGAGUGAAGAAACGAAAGGGCAGAAUGAGAGCACUGAGAAUAAGAGUGAGGAAACAGCGGGGAAGAAUGACAGCACCGAGAGUAAGAGUGAAGAAACGAAAGGGCAGAAUGAGAGCGCCGAGAAUAAGAGUGAAGAAGCGACAGGGCAGAAUGAGAGCACCGAAAAUAAAAGUGAGGAAACAAGUGGUGAUAAUGAGCGGAAAGAGAUGACAAGUGAAGAAACAACUGGAGAUAAUGGAAGCAAAGAGAGCAAGAGUGAAGAAACAAAGGCAGAGGGCGAGACAGAAGCAAAGGAAGACAAAGGUGCCAAUUCUGAAGAGAGUAAUACAACUUCGUACAACGACAGCAACGGAAAUGAUGCAGGCGAAAACAAAUCGGAGAACUCAUCCAAUUCCGAUCCAACAUCUAUACUUCCUCAAGAAGAGAAAGAGGCUCGUACGGACCUCGACACCCUUCCACAAGGGGGUGAAGCCAACAACCACGAAGCCACUGCCAAGUGAUUCUAGUUUGUGUUUUCUUGCUUUAGAUUCUUUGUUAUAUGUUGCAAAACCAAUCGUUGUACUACUUGUAUCAUUACUUGCUGCUGCCUCAGACUUGUCAUUCAUUUUCUUUUUAUGUCCUCAAUAUAACAACUCACAAUGUCUCACCUCUUCAACAA